AUGGGUCUGCUGGCUUUGGGUACUCCUCUAUCUUGGGAUGAUUCAAAGAAGUAUAACGAUUUCAUAAGAAUCAAUGGUAUCAAACAUCUUCUUUCCGUGUUCCAUAACUGCUCUAACAGAACUAAUGACCCGCUACUAUGGGGUGAUGAAGUAGAGUACAUGAUUGUUAAAUUUAACUAUUCAGAUAAAACUGCUAAAUUAGAUAUCUCAAACGAUAACAUAUUGAAUCUGCUAAAUGAUGAGAAAAAUUAUUUGAACGAUUGUAAUGAAAGGAACAUUCAUUUCCAUCCAGAAUACGGCAGAUUCAUGCUGGAAGCAACUCCAUUGUCACCUUACUUCAAUUAUAACGGAGAUAACUAUAUAGAGUUUAAUAUGAUUCAGAGAAGAAUAUUGGCUGAUAACAUCUUGAAAGAUUUAAAUGCAGAUGAUGUGAAAACUCAAUCUCACAAAUUGGUAACAAUUACAAGUUUCCCAAGAUUAGGUUCAAAAAAUUUCACUACCGUCGACGACUCUCAAUUGUGGAAUCAUAAAAACAAUUACUCCCGUUCGUUGUUCUUACCAGAUGAAAUAAUAAACAGACACAUAAGAUUCCCAACUCUGACUGCCAAUAUCAGAUCAAGAAGAGGCGAAAAAGUAGCAAUUAAUAUCCCAAUGUAUCAAGAUUUGAAAACGCCAAAAAUGGACGAUACCAUAGAUUUCAAUAGAAAUUGGUUCCAGAAUGAAGAUAAAGAAGCAGAAUUUGCUUCUAUGGAAAAAUUCAUUUACAUGGACUCAAUGGGUUUUGGUAUGGGUUGUUCUUGUCUGCAACUGACUUUCCAAGCGCCAUCUUUACCAAUGUCAAGAUACUUGUAUGAUUCGUUGAUCAAUCUUUGCCCAGUCAUGCUAUCCGUCUCUUCCGCUGCUCCUUUCUUCAAAGGUUGGUUAGCUGACCAAGAUGUAAGAUGGAACGUCAUCUCAGGCUCCACAGAUGAUAGAGCCCCUUACGAAAGAAACGUACCUUCGUUAUUAAAAAAUUCAAACCAAUACGGUGGUAUUGAUCCAAAAGAAUUUGAAAAUACAAAGCAUUUGCCAAAAGCAAGAUACUCGACAGUAGAUUUAUUCUUGGGUGGAAAUGACUUCUUCAACAGAUCUUACAACGAUACAAACGUACCUUUAAAUGAUACCAUCUUAGAACAAUUAUUGGAAAAUGAUACCUACCCAAUGGAUUACGACAUGGCUAAACAUUUCGCUCAUUUAUUUAUUAGAGAUCCUCUUGUUAUCUUCGAAGAGAAUUUAACUUUCGAUGAAAACAAAGAUUUCGACGUUUUACAAAAUCAUUUCGAAAAUAUCCAAAGUACAAAUUGGCAGACCUUAAGAUUCAAACCCCCAACUGAUAGAUUUUCUACCGAUUCUUCUUCCCCAGGUUGGAGAGUAGAAUUUAGACCUUUGGAAGUGCAAUUAUCAGAUUUUGAGAAUGCUGCAUACUCAGUUUUCAUCUAUUUAUUGGCAGAAUCAAUCUUAAAAUCAAGCAACAAACUAAAUCCAUAUAUCCAGAUGUCAAAAGUUUGGGAAAAUAUGGAUUUGGCUCAUAAAAGAGAUUCUACUUCAACUGAGAAAUUUCAUUGGAAAGAUUCUUUCGAAGACUCGAUUUCAACUACAAGUUCUUUAUACUCAAUUGAUGAAAUUUUCCAUAAUAAAGACAACGGUAUCUUUAAUGUAUAUAUAAAUCCAAUCUUAAUCAAAAAGGGUUUCGUAGAGUCAGAUUGGAAAGAAUUGAAAUAUUCUGAAGAUAAGCAAAGAUUAUACUACUAUCUAAAAUUGAUUUCAGAUAGGUCAAGUGGGAAAAUACCUACUACUGCCAGAUACAUGAGAGACUUCGUACUAAGACAUCCAGAUUAUAAACAGGAUUCAAAGAUUUCAGAACUAAUAAAUUACGAUCUUCUGAUGAUGUGCGAUAGAAUUGCAUCGUUAGAUGAUUCAAACGGAGAAUUAUCUUCUUAUUUCGGGACAGAAUUGGUAGACUACUUACAAAAUAAUAAAAUUGUCGUGUGA